AUGAAAGCACUUGUAUUCGUCGGCAAAGGGCAACCUAUGCUACAAGUUCGUCCGAGACCAACAAUCCUCAAGUCAACCGACGCUAUCGUCAGAAUGGUCAAGACUACGAUUUGUGGUACGGACUUGCACAUUCUCAAAGGCGACGUCGCUACGUGCGACAUUGGACGUAUCUUAGGCCACGAAGGAGUCGCUGUUGUAGAAUCUGUCGGUGACGGUGUUACGAGAUUCAAGCCCGGCGACAACGUUAUCGUUUCCUGUAUUACUUCCUGCUCUAGCUGCGAAUACUGCCGUAAGGGCAUGCCCUCUCAUUGCGCUGAUGGUGGAUGGAUUCUGGGGAAUACUAUCGAUGGCACUCAAGCCGAGUAUGUCCGUAUCCCUCAUGCAGAUGGCAGCUUGCAUCUCAUGGUGGAAGGCGCGACUGCAGAGGAGCAAAUCAUGAUAAGUGACGCGUUGCCGACAGGUUUUGAGUGCGGCGUUCUCAGCGGAAAGGUGUCUCCAGGGUGCUCCGUCGCUAUUGUUGGCUGCGGGCCUGUCGGCAUCAGCGCAAUGGUCACGUCGCAGCUCUAUUCCCCUUCUCAGGUCAUCAUGAUUGGUCGCAACGCUAAUCGAGUUGCACUGGCGAAGACUAUGGGAGCGACGCAUGGUAUUGUUUCGGGCGAGGGCGUAGAUGUUGUUGCGGCCGUGGGGGAACUCACUAACGGCCAAGGCGUUGAUACAGUGAUUGAAGCCGUCGGUGUUCCCGAAACUUUUGAGCUCUGCCAGGAACUCAUAGCUUCAGGCGGAACCAUAGCGAACAUGGGUGUACACGGUUGUAAGGUAAAUUUACAUCUGCAAAAACUGUGGGACAAGAAUAUCACCAUUACCACUCGUCUAGUGGAUACUACUACCACGCCUAUGCUGAUCAAACUCCUCGGAUCGGGAAAGAUCAAGGUUGCAGGAUUAGUAACGCACAGGUACACUUUCGCAGAGGUUGAAGAGGCUUAUGGUACGUUCGGGGCGGCUGCAAAGCACAAAGCCGUGAAGGUUGUCCUGAAUUUCUUGUUGAAAUAA